AUGCAGCUGCCCGGUACAGCGCACUUUGUUGCAGCACCGGGAUCACCUACAGGAACUGGAGAGCUCCACUGUUGGGAUCCUGGUACACCAAUAGAAGAAACAUUAAGAACUCUUAAUGAUUUAGUAAGGUGUGGAAAAGUACAUUAUAUUGGUGUAAGUAAUUUUACUGGAUGGCAGCUACAGAAAACAAUCAUGUUAUCAGAAUUCAUGGGUUUGAAUAGAAUUGUCAGUCUUCAGCAAGAAUACAGCCUGCUUUGUAGAGCUACGGAAUGGGAAUGUGUUGAAGUUUGUAGAAAUGAAGGAAUUGGAUUAAUACCAUGGGGUCCACUAAAGGGCGGGUGGCUCACAGGAAAGAUAAGAAGAUCUAAAGCACCUCCUGAUGGUAGUCGGGUAUCUUUUGCAGAGUCUCAUCCUGGCAUUUAUUAUAGAGGAAUGUCUCACCCAAACUACUCAGAUUUUGCCAAUGAACGUGUAUGGAAUUUACUGGAUGUGAUGGAACAAAUUGGCACUAUGCAUGGUAAAACCAUUGCCCAAGUUGGUCUACGUUGGUUGCUUCAAAAGGAUUUCAUUCCUUCUGUCAUAGUUGGUUGUAAAACACUGAAACAGUUGGAAGAUAAUAUUGGUGCAGGCAGAGGGUGGAAACUUACAAACCAACAGGUAGAAGAAUUAAAUGCAGCGAGUGCUGUUGAAGUUCCACUUCCAUAUGGAUAUAUUGAAAAUAUAUUCAGUUCCAGAAAGAGAACUAGUAUUUGUAAAUGA